UUUUAACAGGAUUUUUGUUUAAAGGUUUUCCAGAAGUAGCCUAGACCUAUUUUAUCUUUCUUAAUACACUUUGUAGGCACAAUUACGCAUCUGCAUCCAUAAAUGUUGUUGGGUCUUUAUCGAUAGCCUUUUUGCCAGAUAAUUUCAAAUCGCCUACAUCAGAGGUAUCACAUCCAGCAGCCAGAUUACACCAAAGCAGACAGAACAGCGACAUCAACAUCAACAUCAGUCAAACUGACAUCAGUAGAUUAUCAGAGCAAGGAGAGGAAGAAAUUGACAGAGAAAAACAAACUAAAGCAGUCGGUUUUAGAAGUCAACACCUCGUAGGGAGAGAGAGGGACAUAUAGGAUUAAUAUGUCACUCACUUCUAUCCUUUCUGCGGAGGCUAUUGAGAAUGCCGUCAAGGAGUUCCAAGCCCCAGACUCCUUCAGCUUUAAGAAGUUUUCCCAGCUGUGUGGCCUGACCUCCAAGUCUCCCAAAGAAGUCAAAGAUGUCUUCCAGAUCCUUGACGAUGACAACAGUGGCUUCAUCGAGGAGUCCGAGCUCAAGUUCUUCCUGCAACGGUUUGUCCCCGGGGCGCGGACGCUGACGGACGCUGAGUGCAAAGGCUUCCUUUCUGCAGCUGAUGAUGACAACGAUGGCAAGAUCGGAGUAGAAGAAUUCCUGAUCAUGGUCCAGUCCUGAGAGUUCCACGGGAGCCGAGAGAGCAGCAGGUGUUCGUUCUCUUCUCCUUCCCCAGCCUCAGCCUCCAGCUCCCAGACUCCAGUCUACUUCCUCAAGCCUACAGCAGCCUCCAUUCCCAGGAAUUAGUUUUUCUCUGUCCUUCUGCUUGAAUUGUGCCCUUCAAUUGUUGUUGUUUUCAGAGCCCCUCUCCAUUCAAUGAAAUUAUUAAUCCAUGAACCAUUUUUACUUGCCUUUUGAUUACGUUCUAGGUUGUAUAGCUGUGUCGCCCCAUAUUUCCUUCCAAUGCACACUACAUUGUCAAUCAAAAAGAUGAAUAAACACAUUGUAACUUA